AUGAAGUCCAAUCUGUUGGCAAUAUCCAUUCUACCCUUUGGCCUUGCCCAUGCGCAGUUUAGUGACUGGGCUGCCGGGCAGAUCAAUACUACCAUCUGCUUCUGGAACCAACCUCGAGCGGCUUUGGUGCGCGAUAAGAUUUAUAUCGAUGGCGGCUCUGCAUGGUGGACUCCGGGCUACGAAAACGGCACAUUCGGCAAAGUCGUGAAUCAAGGAAACGGCCAGGGCAUAAUAGUAUCAUAUGACCUGAGCAAGUCCUUUGGACCCGGCACAAAUGUGACAGGCAUUCUCCUGGAUGGGAGUCUGUCAAAGGCUCGAGGCGGUAAAGGCAACGCCAACGGUGAUGCGCCCGUGUACUACGACGGUGCGCUUCUCGGUAACGACGCCGAAUUCUUCCUAUAUGGUGGAGCAGUCUACCAGAUUGAAGUCUACGAUCAGCCUGCGAGCUACGAAGUGCUCGAGUACCAGGCGUAUGCGUACGGUCCUGACAAGCCUUUGUGGAAGCCCGGUUUCAACAGCAGGCGGCUGCCCGAUGACGUGACGAGGUAUAUCGCCUACGGUGGCGCAGCCAGUGCCCCUUCGGAGAACAAGGCCUGGUAUUUCUCCGGGCUUUCGGCGCCCAGUCGAGGCCCUAUGGUUUGGAACGCCGCGACGAACGAGACCAGAGCUUCCACCCCUUCAAACACGCUCAUCACCCUGGACAUGGCGAACCAGCUGACCGAGAAGUGGACAAAUACUACACUACCUAGCCAUAUCAAACCAAGAGCAAACCCGGAAGUUGUAUGGGUCCCAGUAGGAGAACAAGGUAUCCUGGUCGUGCUUGGAGGCGCGACGUAUCCCGAAUGGGCUUCUUCCGCCACCCACAAAUCCUCGAAUAAAACGCUCAGUGUGACUAACAGAUCGAAGGAGCAAGAAAGUCCUGCGUUUAUGAGCACAAUUGAUAUCUACGAUGUCGCGAACAGCACAUGGUAUCAGCAACCCACCACAGGAGGACCUGGUACAAGAACGCGAGGAUGCGCCGUUGUUGCCCCUGCCGCGGACCGAUCGAGCUUCAACAUCUACUACUACGGUGGCUUCGACGGGGUCGACACGUCCGGAUCCUUCCCCGAUGACGUUUGGGUGUUGUCGCUACCUUCCUUCACCUGGACGAAAAUCAGCGAUGGCAUACCAAAUCAUGGGCGUGCCGGCCACAAGUGCUUCCUGCCCUACCCCGACCAGAUGAUGAUAGUUGGUGGCUAUACAGGAGGUAGCGACUCACAAUGCUUGGGAGGAGGGCCUGUUGUUCUGCUCAACCUGACCAGCGGCGCGUGGAUGGAUCACUACGAUCCCACCACAUUCGGCACAUACGGCGUACACGACAAGGUGCAGGCGGUUAUUGGCGGGAACAGUGCUGGACAUGCCACGGCGACGGCGCCCACGCCAUCAGGAUGGGCGACACCGGCGCUGGGGAAUGUAUUUGCCAAUACGUAUGACGUGAAGAAGAUGAAAACGUACUGGCCAUAUAAUCCGUCUUCCACAAACAAGACUGGACCGGACUAUCCGUCCCCGGCACCCGAGCAACCGUCCAAAGGGGUACCCAACUGGAUGGCUCCGAUACUGGGCGUCGUGCUUGGUCUUGUUUUGAUCACCGGAAGUCUCCUUGUAUUCUGUGUCUGGCGCCGUCGGGUAGCCGCUCGCAAGGGCUCUGUGGACGCAUCGUCCUCGCACGAAGCCAUGUCGGAGAGACUCUUUUCCUGGGCCAAGGGCCAUAACCAUCCCAAACCAACUGAUCCAUCGGCACAUUCCGCCUACGAAGCUUCAGAAGUAGCUCGCUCCCCUUCCCAGGCGUCAACACCUGCCAACGACGACCGGAUCGCAGCUUCACCCUCUCCCGAAUGUCACGAAAUGGAAAAUACACAAAUUGCCGAACUUGGUGUGGAACUACACGGCGCAGACAUCACCGCUACAGAGGCCAUGUGGCGACGAGCCGGGUUCAGACCAAUCGCGGCCAACAUUAGCUCCUUUGGCUCUCUGCGGUCGGUCGCGGGAGAGUCUCCAAUCGCGCCCAGCAACCUCAGCUUCAGCGGCAGCGAUGCAAGUCCUUCCUCGCCGCGUGAUACUGCGCGAUGGGGACAGCGUAAACUGUCCGUCAUCUCCUCCGUCAGCUUCCAGAGCGGCGAUGACGUGGGUACGUUUUCGCGCGACGAUGUUGUCAGCCCCAUAGGCCGGAACAAUUCACCGACGGGAGAGAGCGAGGGCAACGCCGACCACGACGCUGCUGGCAGGGUGAGUCCGCUGAAGAAUGACGAGUAUGAAGCGACCGGGAUGAGCCCGCUCAAGAAUGCUGUUAUAAGAAAUGAUUGUCGACGGCGCUCACAGUGA